UGCUAGGGACGCGGCGGGCCGUUGCUAGGGACGCGGCUAGCCGGCUCCCCACGAGCGUGUGCGGCAUUGCGGGAUGGCGGGCGUGGAGGGCGACGAUGCCGGCGCUGUCUUGGAUCACAUCGUCACCCAGUUUAACACUUACGAGGAGUAUCUGGAUUCUCAGAUCACCACGCAGGACCUCUUUUAUCUGGAGAAUGAAGAAAUGGCCCGCCAACUGGUAGAACUGGGUUUUCGAGGAAGUGGAGAAGUCCUGAAAAGGGAAGAUUUUAUCGCCAGGAAAAUAGCUGCUGAAGCAUCCAGGAUCUCAGAGAGACAACAGCAGAAAAUUUUGUCGAGCGCUGGGAAGGAGCUGAAAGAUAAUUUUCUGAAAGCCUUGGCAGAGAGGGAGGAAGCCAACCGUAAUGGGAAAAUGUCUGUGAGUAAAUUUGAAAAAAAUCUAUAAUUCUAUGAUGAGUAU